AUAUCUCUGCGGCUUGAUGACGAAACGUCACUUGGGUCUGUUGGCGAAAUAAGGAUCUUCCUUGAGAAUUAGAAAGCAGCGCAGUUAUGAACUGGAAUAAAGGUGGUCCAAGUGGAAAGCGAGGCUUUGGUUUUGGAGGAUUUGCUCUUGGAGGGGGAGGUAAAAAAGAAGAGCCCCGUCUAACACAGAAGUCUCACACCUCAUUUGGGGCCUCAGCCUCCGCAGGGGGUUACGGAAAGAACCAACAACUCCCUUCAUUCUACAAAAUAGGGACAAAAAGAGCCAAUUUUGAUGAAGAGAAUGCGUAUUUUGAAGAUGAUGAAGAGGAGUCCGGCAGCAGUGUGGAUCUCCCAUACAUCCCAGCUGAGAACUCGCCUACAAGGCAACAGUUACAGUCUGGUGGAGGCUCAGACAGUGAAGAUGACCCGUUGGAUGCCUUCAUGGCAGAGGUGGAGAGCCAAGCAGCCAAGGACAUGAGGAAACUAGAGGAGAAGGAAAAGGAGAAAAAGUCAGCCAAGGGUAUUCGUGAUGACAUUGAAGAAGAAGAUGAACAAGAAGCCUACUUCCGCUACAUGGCCGAGAAUCCCACGGCUGGACUGACCCAGGAGGAAGAAGAGGAGAACAUAGACUAUGACAGUGAUGGGAACCCGAUUGCCCCCACCACCAAGAAAAUCAUUAUGCCCCUACCACCGAUUGAUCACUCAGAGAUCGAUUAUCCACCGUUUGAGAAGAACUUCUACAAUGAGCAUGAAGAGCUCAAUAACCUGACAGGAACUCAAGUCUUGGAGCUGAGACAAAAACUGAACUUGCGGGUAUCUGGUGCUGCGCCCCCAAAACCUUGUACCAGCUUUGCCCACUUUGGGUUUGAUGAGCAACUAAUGCAUCAGAUACGCAAGUCUGAGUACACUCAGCCCACACCAAUUCAAUGCCAGGGAGUACCCAUAGCAUUGUCUGGGCGAGACAUGAUCGGCAUUGCCAAAACUGGCAGUGGGAAAACCGCAGCUUUCAUCUGGCCCAUGCUGGUUCAUAUCAUGGACCAGAAGGAACUGGAAGCUGGAGAGGGGCCCAUCGCAGUCAUAGUGUGUCCUACCAGGGAGCUCUGUCAGCAGAUCCAUGCAGAGUGUAAACGUUUCGGGAAAGCGUAUUCUUUGCGCUCUGUGGCAGUGUAUGGAGGAGGCAGCAUGUGGGAGCAGGCCAAGGCCCUUCAGGAGGGAGCAGAGAUUGUUGUGUGCACCCCGGGUCGGCUUAUUGACCAUGUGAAAAAGAAGGCCACGUCCCUGCAGAGGGUGACAUACCUUGUGUUUGAUGAGGCAGAUCGCAUGUUUGAUAUGGGCUUUGAAUAUCAAGUCAGAUCUAUUGCCAGCCAUGUCCGCCCAGACAGACAGACCCUUCUGUUCAGCGCCACUUUCCGGAAGAAGAUAGAAAGACUAGCCAGAGACAUCUUAGUAGAUCCCAUUCGUGUGGUGCAGGGAGACAUUGGAGAGGCCAAUGAGGAUGUGACACAAAUGGUGGAGCUACUCACCAGCGGGACAGACAAAUGGACCUGGCUGACACGUCGCCUGGUUGAGUUCACCUCUUCCGGUUCAGUACUCAUCUUUGUCACCAAGAAAGCCAACAGCGAUGAGCUGGCUGCUAACCUGACCCAGGAGGGCCACAAGCUGGGCCUGCUCCACGGAGACAUGGACCAGAGUGAAAGGAACAAGGUCAUCGCUGACUUUAAAAAGAAGAGCUUGCCAGUUUUGGUGGCUACGGAUGUGGCAGCCCGGGGUCUGGAUAUCCCAUCAAUUCGCACUGUAGUGAAUUAUGAUGUGGCAAGAGACAUAGACACACAUACACACAGAAUUGGCCGAACAGGCCGUGCUGGAGAAAAGGGUGUGGCUUACACUCUCCUGACCAAUAAAGACACAUCAUUUGCUGGUGACCUUGUCCGGAAUCUGGAAGGAGCCAAUCAAAGUGUUUCCAAAGAGCUGAUGGACUUGGCUAUGCAGAAUCCCUGGUUCAGGAAAUCCCGUUUCAAAGGUGGUAAAGGAAAGAGGCUGAACAUUGGAGGUGGUGGCCUGGGGUACAGAGAGAGACCGGGCUUGGGCUCUGAAAGCUCUGAACGCAGCAGUGGGUUGUCAUCUUCUUCAAGUUGUUAUGAAAGCUACAGCAAACCAGCCACUGGGGCUAUGGGAGACCGCAUGUCAGCAAUGAAACAAGCCUUCCAGGCACAGUACAAAAACCACUUUGUGGCUGCAUCUGGCGUCUCUCCAAAGCUCACCACCAAGUCCAGUUGCUCAUCAGGCUGGACUAGUGCUGGUAGUCUGAGCUCAGUGCCCACAGAGGCUCCUGAGGGCUCAGAUCGGUCCCGAGCAGGUAUCUCGUCCAUGGCCCCUCCACCAGCUCUAAGCUUAGGAACUAAGAUGGCUGGCUUUACCAGCGCUGGCUCACUGAGCUCAGUGGCCAACAGUCAAACCACAUCACAACACAGUUACGCUCCCGCUGCCCCACCAUCACCAAGGGACAGCUCCCGCGACAGGCAUGGGGAGGACAGAGGACGCCAUGGUGACAGUCACUACCGGCACAGUGACAGAAACGACCGGCACAGUGGGAGUGGAGAGCGUGAUCGCUACAGCGAACGUCAAGGCGACAGAGAUCGUGAUCGGUAUGGGGACAGGGAUCGCCAUGGCAGCAGCCGCCAUGGUGACACCCGUAACGGGGAGGGAAGCAGAAGGGACAGAGAUGAGUUGAGGAGUGACAAGGAAAGUGGAGACAGGGCUAGUGGGGAUGGGAGGGGUGACAGAGGGGAUGACAGCUUUGCUGUCCCAGAUCCACCGAAGCGUAAAAAGAGCAGGUGGGACAACUGAAAAAUAAAAUGAAACAAAUCAAAAUAAAAAAACAUUAGCUGAACAUCUGAAACCAACUGCUUCUUUAUGAGCAUGUCUGUUGGGCAGACAGAUGACAAGACAUAUCAUAGGAGGCUGACGCAAGCGUUAUAUUUAGGGAUCCUUACGCUCUCUUUGGGUGUAUGGAUCAAAUGAUGAAGGAAAGGGAAGGAUGCUAGAGAUGCUGUCAGACCGGUAAGAUAGUCGUGAUUGUGAGCUCUCGCGCUCAACCACCGCAGACAGCCACUGUAUAUAUACCAUCAAGACUUUUAAUGUAUCACGUCAGUAGAACUGAGAACUAGUGCUUUAUUUGAUUCAGUUGCCAGGAAGCGCCCCCAGUUCAGAUUUGCUGGUUGGUGUCCUCUUUCACUCAGUCCCACAUGCUUUUGCGCUUUAGAACUGAUACUGUAUUUUCCUACUUGAUAUUUGCCAAGUGUGUGUGUGUGUGUGUGUGUUUUGUCUACAAUGCUCACUCUUUGUUAGAAUAAUUUUUGUAAGGCUUUCUGUAGCAAAAUGCAUACAUAGUAUCCACAUGUAAAAAAAAAAAGUAUUGUAUUUGAGUUUUAGUGAAGUGCCUUUUCUUGGCAAGUUCAUUUUGUUUGAAAAGGUACGUUCCAACUGAUAGUUUGCAAGUGGAUGAUAAUAACUUUUGAUUUGUGUCAUCUAUUUUCUAUGUAUUUAUGGUCAUUCUAAAACUAUCUUUUCAUCCAACUAAAAGCAGCAGCAUAGCUACUAUGAAUUUGAGUUUCUUUUUGACAUCAGUUUUUAUGGGAAAGCUUUUGUUCCCUAAACAAAUAAAUAUGUGAUUAUUCUCAUUAUUUUUUACUCAACCCAAGUGUUUAUUGGUUUGGUGUUUCUCCAAAUGAAAGCAUAAGUAUCUUGUCUACUUGGUGUGAAAUGUUGCGCAAAUAAACCAUCAACACAAAGGAAA